UUGUUGUGUUGACUUUGCUGAAAUCCAGCAUUAUUAAAAUGGACACAUUACAAUCAGUAGGAUCAACGUCGACUUUCUCCGACUUAUGCUUAGACGCUCUUGAAGACAUCAUUGACGAACUAUCAAUCGGAGUUGUUUUCGAAGUUCAUCGAAGUAUAAAGUUAAACUAUUUCCAUCUAGACGAUAUGUUCAGCUCUGCUUCUUCUUCAAUUAACGCACCAACAGUCGAAACUGAUCCUCAAAUUAGAAUUGAAUCCAUUCCUAAAUUACCAUUGUGCACGCUACCGUACUGUGACAUUUUCGGCAUGCCUCUAAAUCAGAAGAAACAAAUCGAUUGCUCGUGUCCAAAUUGUGGACGGAUGGUUGCGGCUACCCGCUUAGCUCCUCAUCUUGAAAAGUGUAUGGGUAUGGGACGAAGCAGUAGUAGAAUUGCGAGCAGAAGACUUACCCAGAUGAGUGGCAAUCAUGGCAACAAUAGUGCAAGUAUGAAUCAUGGCGGGGAUCCCGGAAUGUUGGAUGCUUUUGGGCUGAAUGAGUUAACGAGGAAUUCAAACUCGCCCUCGAGCGGUAGUGAAAAGGCAUCGUCGAGUCAUAAAAACCAGCGUGUGAAAAGUAAAAAGGGCACAAUGGGCGUGUCUAGUUCGGAGGGGGGCGAUAGUUACCCGAUGAAGAAGAAAAAAGUGGGAGGCAGUCAGCAGAAACUGUACAAGGAGGCGGUCAAAAUUGUGAAUUCGGCCAACUCGUACCCGGAGUAUCUGGCGCUCGACGCGGAUCACUGUCAGAAAGUGUUGCUGAGCCUGUGUGGUGUAGUCGAUCCUUCCAGUCUCAUGAAUGAACACUCCAAAAUGUGUCGCAAAUCACUCAAGUGCAAAUUACAUACGGAUUAUCAACGUCUGGAGCUCCGCAACUCCGUCCUUGAGUCGGAAGAGUUCGUGGUUGACCCUCAAAGGUCAAAGGUCACUGAAUCGAGAAUCAGAAACUCAGAUUCUAUGAACGAGGUGUUUGGAGAUUUUGACAUUGAACCCCAAGAUGACUCGAUUGGCGAAAGUUCGAACUUACUUGACCCCGGAGAUAAUAUUGGAAACGUGUUUGAUAAUUUGAGCAAUUGGGGGACAAAAUCUGUGAUUGAACCCGAACAUGGAAUCCCAACUUACCCCUCGAAUGUGUUUCAAGUGGACACUGAUUUCAAUACUUCGAUAUCGUUUUUGGCAUCUAAGAAAGACGAGAUUCCAGUUCCUGAGAUUUUAGAUGUCGGACUGUCUUCUAGAGGCAAGGGAAUGGAGCAGAUUAGUCCCUCAAAGGGAAAAGCGAAGAGCUCCAAAAAACAGAAGAGGAAAUAGAUUUAUUUGUCGAAAAUACUAUAAAUAUUUAGAUGUUUACCUACUAGAAAUCAGUUCUUAAAAAAACCAUACGAAACAUUUUUCGGAUGAUAUAAGUAAAA